UCCUCCUCUCCUCCUCCUCCCGGGCGUCAUGGCCGCCUCGAAGCCCGUGGAGGUGCCGGGCGGCGGCGGCACCGGCGGGCUGUCGCGAUGGCAGCUGGCGCUGGUCCUGGGCACGCCCAUCCUGCUGGGAGCCGGCGCGGUCUAUCUGUGGGGGCGGCGGGCGGCGCGGCGUGGGAAGGGCGCUAGCGAGCGGAAGACCCCCGAGGGGCGGGCGAGCCCCGGGCCCGGCAGUGAAAGCGGCUCCGGGCAGCCCGACGGGCCCGGACACGAGGAGAUGAGUCCUCUUGGUAGAGCCCAAGCAGCCAAGAACAAAGGAAACAAGUACUUUAAAGCAGGAAAAUAUGAGUUAGCUAUUCAGUGUUAUACUGAGGCUAUCAGCCUGUGUCCUCCUGAGAAAAACCUUGAUCUUUCUACCUUCUAUCAAAACAGAGCUGCUGCCUAUGAACAACUGCAAAAAUGGACAGAAGUGGCACAGGACUGUACAAAGGCUGUUGAGCUCAACCCUAAAUAUGUCAAAGCUCUCUUCAGACGUGCAAAGGCCCAUGAGAAGCUAGACAAUAAGAAGGAAUGUUUAGAAGAUGUCACUGCAGUCUGCAUUUUAGAAGCCUUCCAAAACCAGCAAAGUAUGUUAUUAGCUGAUAAAGUUCUUAAACUCCUUGGAAAAGAAAAAGCCAAAGAGAAGUACAAGAAUCGGGAGCCUCUGAUGCCCUCACCACAGUUCAUUAAAUCCUACUUCAGUUCUUUCACAGAUGAUAUAAUUUCCCAACCUUUGCUUAAGGGUGAGAAAUCAGAUGAAGAUAAGGACAAGGAGGGAGAGGCUUCUGAAGUAAAAGAAAACUCUGGCUAUUUGAGAGCAAAACAAUACAUGGAAGAAGAGAACUAUGACAAAAUUAUCAGUGAAAGCACUAAAGAAAUUGAAGCAAAGGGAAGAUACAUGGCAGAAGCUUUGCUUCUGCGAGCUACCUUCUACUUACUUAUUGGCAAUGCAAGUGCUGCCAAGCCAGACCUAGAUCAGGUCAUCAGCAUGGAAGAUGCAAAUGUGAAGCUGCGCGCCAACGCUCUGAUCAAGCGGGGCAGCAUGUACAUGCAGCAGCAGCAGCCCGUGCUGUCCACCCAGGACUUCAACAUGGCUGCUGACAUCGACCCUCAGAAUGCUGAUGUUUACCACCAUCGAGGACAACUGAAAAUCCUGCUUGACCAAAUUGAGGAGGCUGUGGAAGACUUUGAUGAAUGUAUCCGAUUGCGACCCAAUUCUGCCUUGGCGCAAGCACAGAAGUGUUUCGCUCUGUAUCGCCAAGCUUAUACAGGAAGUAAUGCUUUGACUGUGCAAGCAGCCAUGAAGGGCUUUGAAGAUGUCAUAAAAAAUUUUCCCAGGUGUGCUGAGGGCUAUGCACUCUAUGCUCAGGCACUAACUGAUCAACAGCAGUUUGGCAAGGCUGAUGAAAUGUAUGAUAAAUGCAUUGACCUUGAGCCAGACAAUGCCACUACAUAUGUUCAUAAAGGUUUACUUCAGCUCCAGUGGAAGCAAGAUUUAGACAAAGGAUUAGAACUCAUAAGCAAGGCCAUUGAAAUUGAUAACAAAUGUGAUUUUGCAUACGAGACCAUGGGAACGAUUGAAGUGCAAAGAGGUAAUCUGGAUAAAGCCAUUGAAAUGUUCAACAAAGCUAUCAACCUGGCCAAAUCAGAAAUGGAGAUGGCACACCUCUACUCACUCUGUGAUGCUGCCUAUGCUCAGACAGAAGUUGCAAAGAAGUAUGGAUUGAAACCACCGACACUGUAAAGAAACAAGGAGGAAAUGACCUUCCAAAGUGAAGUUGCCCACUUCAGCCAGCCCUAAAGAUGCUGUUGCAGAACAUGCUCAAUGGUGGAACUUAAGUUUUUUCCCGUUCGUGGUGUUGUCAUUUGCUACAUCUGUUAAAUGUUUAGGUGUUGUGGGAGUGGUUGUUCAAGGAAGUAUGCAGUGCUGCAUCUUGUUCCUUCUGCAGCAGAAACCUUAGAGUGUGUUAAGGGAAAUAAAGUUGCAGGGGAACCAAAGGAACGUAUUUUGGCCAUGCAAAUAAAAACUUCACACUGGUUCAUUUUGGGUGAUUAUGUUGUGGGCGAUUUUUGCUUUAUCAAAUAAUAAUACAGCAUGUGGGUUUUUUCCUGUUGAUUUUAAAGGUAAUACUAGUCAGUGCUGUAAAAUAGGUUUUAUAUCCAAUUAAUCCUUGAGGGUUGAUUUUAAUUUUGCAAAAAUUAAUUUUCAAACUUUAAUAAUAGAGGGGUUUUUUUAAGUCAGUAGAUGUGGAGAGGAUACCUGUAAAUAUAUGCAAGCAUGCACAAUCUUCCCUUAAAUCUCCUUCCACCCUCUGCAUAACUUACUUAGAAAUAGUCCUGUGGCAGCUAUUAGGGAAUUAAUUUGAUAGUCCUUAUUCUCACCCCAGAAAGCCCUAGAGUACUACAUAGGAGAGCUAGGAAAAAGGUUGUCUGGGGAAGGAGGUCAGUAACACUGCUUCAGUGUAGACUUUACUGGAAGAAAGAAUGUAUUCCUGUGCAGCAGUCCUUACUUGAAUGUCAUGGGAAAUUGUUCUGGAGGGUUCAGGGGGACUUUCAAGAACAGAAAGCACUGCUGGGAUUCAAGCUCCAGAAGGUAAGGUCAUGCUUGCAUAUAAUCUUUGUAAUCUCUGAUGUUUUUGCAUAAGUGUAGCAGCUGAUAGACUAUCUAAAGUCUCUUCACUCUCUAGAGACUGCUGGGUUAUGAUCUCCUUUUAAGAGCCCCUUGGCAGGAUUAAGUGAGAUAAGGAACAAAGCAUAGGCUCAAACUUCCAAUAAUGGAGUUGUAAACUGCACUCAUUUCCUUGUUCUGUAGACCUGUCUUGUCCAAGAUUUCAGAUACUGUAGAAGGAAGCAAUUGUGCUGCAAACAGCAGAUGGGCAAAUUAUGAACAGUUUUCCUCUCGUUAUGAACUUCACAGAGGGCCCUCUUGCUUUGGGUUGAUCUUUCUGGUGUGGAAGUUAGUCAGUCCAUCUUGCCUUUCCCUGGGCUGAUGUGGCUGGACAAAACUCAUGCAAAUGAUGUAGCUUAAUUUGUGACACACUAGUUUGGGCUUCUUUCCAUCCUGAAAUCAUAGAUUCGUUCGUGGUGAAUCGUCUGAUGUAUUUAACCUUUAAAGAAGUGACUGAUGCUGUAGUCAAACUGUCUUGGUCUGUAGUUUGCCACCAUACAGCAGCAGCUUGCAUUUUCAACUUGACCUUCCUUUCUCCCAGCAACUACAGUGGAGUAUUCAAAUGGUGGAGAGUAGAGAUAAAGAUUUAAUCAUUAUUUUAGUAGCUCACUAGGUGAUCAGAAAUCAUAGCACUGGUGUAGGAUUGAAGAUAUGGGAAUGUACUGGCAGCUUCUAAGGGCACUGAAUGGAACAAGUGUGAAAUGUCUUCUCCAACUUCCAAUCUCUGCAUCAAUAUCCUGAGAACAAAAAUAUGCCAGGCUGAUGAGUCCUGUUCUCCAAGGAGUUUUUAUUCGCAUGGCCUUAUUUACAUUGGCAUUUUCUCCUCAUCACCCCAUCUGUACCCCAUUCCUUACCCCACCCAAUCAAUUAAGGGAAAAAAGCAUGUGCUGUCAAUUACUAGCAUUCCAAAUCAUCACAGACUUUUGCCUGUUCUUCAACUAGUUUGAAACUGCACUGAAAGGAUGCAUUGUCUGUAAUUUUUUUGUAAAUGACAUAUCACCUGUAAACUGAAAAAAUAAAUACUACCUUCAAGUA